AUGGCUCCCAAGAAACCCGAAGCAGUUAUUGACAAUGUGGUCGCCUUUGGAAGGGUCCGCAAGAACCUCAAGAUGGGAUGCGUUGGUCUUCCCAACGUGGGAAAGUCCAGUUUGUUCAACCUCUUGACCGAGCAGAGCGCUGCGGCGGAGAACUACCCUUUUUGCACAAUCGAGCCCAAUGAAGCCAGAUGUGCUGUUCCCGAUGCUCGAUAUGACUUUCUUUGCGAUUUGUGGAAGCCUCCGUCCAUGUACCCAGCUUACCUUCAGGUCACCGAUAUUGCUGGCCUGAUCAAGGGCGCUUCUCAGGGAGAAGGUCUUGGUAACGCUUUCCUGUCACAUAUCCAGGCUGUCGACGGCAUCUUCCACAUUGUUCGUGCGUUUGAUAACGAUCAGGUCCUGCACGUUGAUGAUUCGAUCGACCCUGUUCGUGACUUGGACACCAUUCAGAGCGAGCUUUGCAAGAAGGACUUGGACAUUCUGGACAAGCAAAUUGUCGCUGAGGAAAUGAUUGUGAAGAAGGCCGGUGGCAAGUACAAGAUGCUUCCUCUGUUUUACGAGACCACAUCCAAGAUUCGAGCAAUGCUAGAGAAAGAACAGCCAGUCAGAGACGGAAGCUGGACCCCAGCCGAGAUUGCGCUCAUCAACGAAAAGAUUCAACUCAUCACCACCAAGCCAAUCAUCUACCUCGUCAACCUUACCAUGAAGGACUACCUCAGACAGAAGAGCAAGUACCUUCCAUCGAUAGCAAAGUGGGUGACUGAGCACGGAGGUACCGCACGAGACAUUAUCCCUUUCUCCAUCGAGUAUGAGGAGAAGCUGCACAGCAUGAAGGACGAUCCUGAUGCCCAGGCUGAGUUCCUGAAGGAGAGCAAGGUCAAGUCUAAGUUGGAAAAGAUUAUCACUGAGGGAUUCACAAAGCUUGGUCUGCAGUACUACUUCACUGCUGGAGAGAAGGAGAUCAGAUGUUGGACGAUCCCCCGAGGAUGCCUGGCGCCUCAAGCUGCGGGUGCUAUUCACAGCGACUUUGAGAGAGGAUUCAUCAAGGCCGAAGUGGUAACCUACCAAGACUUUCAUGAUCUCUGUGAGGGCAACAAGUCGAUGGCUCCAAUUAAGGCUGCUGGCAAAUAUCGCCAGGAAGGAAAAUCUUAUGUUGUACAAGACGGUGAUAUCAUCCAUUUCCAAUUCAGUAAGCAUCUUCCAUAA